AUGGCGACACCGGCAGCAAAGCCAGUGCCCUACACCGCCAAUCCUCUUCUUCUUAUGCUCAAUGACUUGAUGCUCUUUGCCGAGAUUACAUUCACAUGGCCUAUCACAGCUGGACUGCCGAGUAUCAUCCUGCCGUUGCUUCCAACCAGAUCAGGCUCUCUUGAUGAAUUGGCAGUCACUGGCCCCAACCUGUGGGCUGCUUUCUUACACGUCGUUCUCAUCAUCGCUCAAAUAUUCUUCCUGGGAUCGUUGGUGCCGUUGGCAUUCAUUGGCUUGCCAUCCUUCUAUCUCUUGUACAUUGUUGGGUUUGUCAUGGGCAAUCAAUGGUUUUCGGUUCUGUUGAACGGUCCAAGGCAACGAGGGCUUUUCGAGUCAAAUCCAGCGUGCGUUCGAGGGAAGCCGGUCCACGAUCAUGAGAAAUGGGUCUUCAUCAACGGUGUGGCUGUAGGACGCCAUUGGUUGCAGGCAAAUCUCGACCGUAUUGCAAUGACUUUUAGGAGGCCGGUGUACGGAAUACACAAUCAGACCCGGGGUAUUAUCUUUGAUGUUCUUGAAUGUAUCAUCCAACGUGACCUGAACUUCGCCACCCUGGAUAUUCGGAUUGCAUAUGCGGCUUUGAUUGAAAUCCUAGCGGAUGACAACAUUCACAAGGUGGUCUUGAUCCUCCAUAGCCAAGGUGCUAUUGAAGGUGGCUUAGUCCUUGACUGGCUCUACGAUACCGUACCAGCGGACCAGCUUGGCAAGCUGGAGGUAUACACGUUCGGAAAUGCCGCGAACCACUGGAAUGCGCCUGUCAUAUCGACGGCUACCUCUUCUGGUAUGAAUGGAGACGGGGUGACGGAGCAGAGAAUUGUGCCACAUAUCGAGCACUAUGCCAACGAGGGCGAUUACGUCUCGAGGUUCGGUAUAUUACAUUUUCGCCCUGAUCAGUCAUUACCGCCAGUGUCUGUCCCCAAUAACGCCCCCUUUGCUCCCAGCUCCAACAGUUCACAUCCGGACAAACCCAAUGCAUCAGACAACGGACGCAUUACACGACCUACCCCUCCAAAGGUGGACACUGGGGAGAAGGUAGUCCAAGCAUCGUCGAGGCCGUUGCUUUCACCCAGAACGCCCAUCGAAAUGAUGGAUCUCCGAGAGGAAGAGACAAACUUGUUCUUCGGCCGUCUCUUCAAGCGCGUCGGCUCAGGCCACCAGCUGAACCAGCAUUAUUUCGAUAACUUCUUUGAGAUGGAGGGCGUCGACACCAGAGACCUCUCUCGGGGACGUGUGCGAGAUGGCAACGCCUUUAUGGAUGCCGAGGCCGACAUGGAUGUCUUUCGGCAGUGGGAUACUGUGCAAGCUCUUGGGCGACGCACAGCCGCACGUCCAGCUAAUGGCAGACCAAGCGCGGUGGCCACACAGGUCAAAGAUCUCAGCCGUCUAUGGGCUUAUCGGAAUGGGCGCAGCCCGGACAAUUGA